GUGGUGCUGAAUUACGUCUACCUGGUCCGAAUGACCAAUAGCUGACAACCACCAGCUCAAGUUGUACAUGUGUGUUUCAACAUUUCGAUAUUUACAUUUCUCUCACGAUGACAAAUUUGCCAACGGUAUGUUCUGUUUCUGGAAAUGUCAAGUGAUUUUCUUUGGGAUUAUUUGUGCAUGGUGAGGUUUGGAGAAAUACCUGUAGGUUUGGAGCUGUUGAUUGGUACACCUGUACAGGUAUUUGCCUUCGAGACUGGUGGCAGGAUUAGAACACCUGUAGAUUUGUGUGCGCUUCAUUUCAUCUUCUCUUCUGUGGUUUAAAUUAUGGAUUCUGAGACCGUUCACCAGAAGAAAUGCUCUUGAUGAUUUUUAUUUAGUAUGCAGUCUGGAAUUAUUUUCAUUUUUAAUCUCAUUUGUGAAUCGUAUAUGCUUUUAAACUUCUGAUCACGGAAAGUGGCUCAAACUGUUAAACAUUGACAUACCCAGGAGGUUAGCUGAGGUUUCAGGAGCAAUAAAUUAAUUUCCAAACAUAUUUUUCUACGCCAAAAGGGAAAGAGAACCAGUUUGAACAGCUCAUUGGUAUCACUUGUAAUGUAUCAAAUAUGUCGGGUGUAAUUGAUUGAUAUGUUAAAUCUACAUUUCUGCUCAGUUUGGCAGAAAUGAGGUUUAUUUGGGAUCUGUAAAGGAUAUAUAUUGAUUGGUUUCACGGUCCGAGUCCUGUUUGUGAAGAAAUUCGGAGAAAAUGAAGAAUAUUAAAGACAAAGGUCCUCUGGCACGUGAGAUGCUGCGUCUGUAUGAAACUUUUAGUAGUGAAAUAAAGUUCACAGAACUUGCCGACCCCUUGGAGACAUGGGAACUACAGGAACUGGUGGGAGAGGGGACGUACGGGGUCGUCCAUUCUGCCCGACACAAACAAACAGGUGAGAUUGUGGCUGUGAAAAUUCUUGAAGCGAUUCAUGAACUAAUUGAAGAGAUUGAAGAGGAAUAUGUCAUCCUUCGUGACCUGGGAAACCAUCCCAACAUGCCGAAGUUCCAUGGAAUCUACCUCCGCCAGUCAGAGUUCCGGGGGGAGGAUCAACUAUGGAUUGCUAUGGAGCUAUGUGGGCGAGGCUCUGUGACACAUCUGACUAGAGAACUCAUGAAACAAAAGUCUGCCAUGGAUGAAAAGCUCAUAGCUCACAUCCUCGGUGAAACAUUAAAAGUUCUCGUUCAUCUUCACACCAAUCAUAUCAUUCACCGCGACAUCAAAGGCCACAACAUCCUUAUCACAGACGAGGGCAAAGUUAAACUCAUAGACUUUGGCGUAUCAACGACACUGAAGAGCACAAAUGACCGCCGGCGUACCUCAGUGGGAACACCAUAUUGGAUGGCUCCAGAGGUUAUAGCCUGUGAACGACAACUGGAGUACAACUAUGACCUGCGAUGUGAUAUCUGGUCUUUGGGAAUCACAGCCAUUGAGCUGGCAGAUGGAGAGCCCCCAUUGGCUGACCUUCAUCCAAUGAGAGCACUGUUCAAAAUUCCAAGAAAUCCAACGCCAACUUUGACCAAGCCUGCCCAGUGGUCAGAUGAGUUCAACGACUUCGUUUCACAGUGCCUUAUAAAGGACUUUGAACUGCGACCUCAGGCUAGAGACUUGUUGAAUCAUCCUUUUAUACAGCAAGUUGCAGCUGAAACAAGUGUGUAUCAGAGGAAGCUUCAUGACCUGACAUCCAGUAUGGACCAGACUGUACACCAACCUGAUGUCACAGUCAAGAAGGGACGCCCAAAGUCCCAUCGGAAGUCCAAACGAGGGGACACAGUGAAAUCCACGGAAGAUCUGGCCACACUUGAGAUCCUUGAUGAGGGAGUGAUUGUAUCUCAGUUGCGAAGUCGCUAUAAAGAUGAGGAAAUCUACACCUACAUCGGGGACAUCCUGUUGGCAGUGAAUCCGUUUCAGCCCAUAAACAUCUACAAUGAUGAGUAUUCCAAAAUGUACAUGAAUGCGGCCAAAGAUGCUAAUCCUCCCCACAUAUACGCUGUAGCUGACCAAUCGUAUCAAAUGAUGAUGCACUACAAAAAGCACCAGUGCAUUGUGAUCAGUGGAGAAUCUGGAGCGGGGAAGACAGAGAGUGCCAACCUCAUGGUACAGCAGCUGACCCAGCUUGGCAAGGCUGGUAACAGAACACUUGAGGAGCGAAUUCUACAGGUGAACCCUCUAAUGGAGGCAUUCGGUAACGCCAAGACGGUCAUCAACGACAACUCCAGUCGGUUCGGCAAAUACCUGGAGAUGUUCUUCACGAUUAGUGGCACAGUUAUUGGAGCCAAAAUCACAGAGUACCUCUUGGAAAAAUCAAGAGUCAUAUCACAAGCAAGGGGUGAACAGAACUUCCAUAUAUUCUACUACAUACAUGACGGUCUGAGUUCAGAAGAAAAGAAAACUCAGUUCCUCCUCAAAGAGAAUGUUCCCUACAGGUACAUUGAGGAAUAUACCAGUGGUGGGAUAGACAUUGCUGCCAUGGCCAUUAACAGGGUCAAGUUCAAGGCCAUCCAACAUUGCUUUGAUAUCAUUGGUUUCAAACCUAAGGAGGUGUCCUCUGUCUGUGGAAUCAUUGCCUCCAUUUUAAAUUUGGGAAACGUUAACUUUGACGAGAAGGAGACGGGUCAUGGAGGAAAUGCUUGUAGCAUCACAAGUAGGCCGCUUGUCGAGGCAGUGUCCUCGACAUUAGGAAUUCCUAAUGUGGAGUUAGUGGAAGCUCUUACAACGACAGGCAUGGUUGCCCGUGGAGAACUCAUCGUGCGGGGAAACUCUGUCCCGGAGGCGCUGGACGCCCGGGACGCCAUGGCUAAGGCGCUUUACGGGCGCUUGUUCAGCUGGAUUGUCAACCAUAUCAACAUCCUACUUAAACCUCAGACAUUUGUUGCAAAAAAGGAGGAGGAAAACCACAUUAUCGGAAUCCUGGACAUUUUCGGUUUUGAGCACAUUCCCAACAACUCGUUUGAGCAGCUGUGUAUCAACAUUGCGAAUGAGCAGAUCCAAUACUACUUCAACCAACACAUCUUCGCCUGGGAAAUGCAAGAAUACCAGAAUGAGGGCCUUGAAGUGUUGGACAUUACUUUUGUGGACAAUCGACCACUGUUGGACAUGUUCCUCAUGAAGCCCCUUGGACUGUUGGCCUUGCUAGACGAGGAAAGCCACUUCCCCAAGGCCACAGACAAAUCACUUGUGGAAAAGUUCCAUAGAAACAUAAACAACAAAUACUACUGCCGUCCCAAAGGCAAUUCCCUUGUGUUCAGCAUCGACCACUACGCAGGCCGGGUGGAAUAUGAUGCAAAUGGCUUCCUAGAAAAGAAUCGUGAUCGUCUUCCAGGUGAUGUUCUAAAUAUGCUUCGUGCUUCCAGUAACGAGGUUGUUCGGGCUCUUUUCCAAACUCCUCUCACCAAAACGGGUAACCUUGCAUCGGGCAGUAUAGCAUCUUCCUUGAGGAGCACGCCCAGCUCCAGUGCCAUCAGCUCCCCAGCCAGUACAAGCUCCUAUGUGAGUGUGAUGAGCUACAACAAACACCAACAGACCUCCGGAAUGGGAGGCAGUCGGAUCUACAGUGCACUUGGGUCGGCGUCUGCCAGCAUGACCAGAAUUCAACAGACUGUGGCGACCUAUUUCCGAUUUUCUUUGAUGGAUCUACUGGCCAAGAUGGUGGCAGGCACACCUCACUUUGUCAGAUGCAUACGACCGAAUGCCAACAAACAUCCUGAUGACUUUAAUUCGGAGAAGGUGACGAUACAGCUGCGAUACACAGGUGUCCUAGAGACAACACGGAUUCGUAGGGAAGGUUAUUCCCAUCGGAUACCGUUCGCAGACUUCUUACGCAGGUACCACAUGCUGUCGUUCCGGUGGGACGAACGCGUGCCCCACACACGUGACAGUUGCUACACUCUCCUGGACAGACUUGGCAUGGAUCACUUUGCCCUCGGUAAAACAAAGGUGUUCCUGAAGUACUACCACAUAGAACAGCUGGCUAGGCAGUACGAGGCCUACCACAGAAAGGUCAUCACGCUGCAGUCUGUCAUACGCAGCUGGCAUGCUCGCACUCUCUACUACAGAAACAAGUGGCAACGGGAGAAAGCGGCCACGCUCAUACAGUCUCGUUUCCGUGGUUUUGUGAUCCAAAGAAAAUUCCAAAAAGAGUUCAAACUCAGGAAAGGAGCUGCAGUUGCCAUACAAACAGCAAUAAAAGGGUUCCUUGUUCGUAGAAAAACUCGGCCAGUGAUCGAGAAACGUCGGAAGGCAACUGUACUUAUACAGUCCAAAAUCCGAGGCCACUUGGCACGUAAAUCUGUACGAGAGCAAAAGACACUUCAGGAGAAAAGGGAGAAGAGUGCUAUCUCUAUACAGAAAGUGGUAAGGGGCUUUCUGGUUCGAAAAUUUACGCAACCGUGGAUGGAGAAAAAGAUGGCAGCUAUUGUGGCGAUACAGCGCUAUGUUCGCGAUUGGUUGAGGAGGAGUAGAGAGCAGGAACAUCUGAGGAUAUUAAAGAGUAGUGUUGUUAUACAGCGCGUGGUACGAGGAUUUCUUGUUCGUAAGAAAGUGCGGCCAGUUUUGAUUAAAAGAAGCGCAGCUGUCUUAUUGCUUCAGUCUUGGUUACGAGGGUGUUUGGCACGCAAGAGGGUGCAGCUAAUUAUUACAAACAUCCAGAAGGAAGAGAACUGUGCAAUUAUUAUUCAGAAAGCCAUGAGAAGAUAUGUUGCUUGCAAGCAAUUUCGGACAGAAUUCUGUCGGAAGCAGGCGGCCAUUUUGAUCAUACAAUGUUGGGUGCGGAGACUGUUAGCGUAUAGGAGAGUUGAGGCAAAGAUUCAGCAGACGUUGAUUGAAGAACGAAGUGCUGUAACUAUACAGCAAGCUGUUCGCCUUUUCCUGACUCGUAAACAGAAGUUGAAUGAGCAGCGCAACAAUGCGGCUCUGGUCAUUCAGGCGUUUGUAAGAGAUUGGUUGUUGCACAGACAAAUAGAGAGCGAGGAAGAAGAUGUUUUACCAAUAGUUGAACCAAAAGCUACUCAAAAACAAGUUCGAAAAUUUCGUUGGAAAAAGGUGUUGAAGCUACGAACUGGUUUGAGAGUGUUCCUGGGGCGAAGGUCAAUGCACGAAAAAAAAAACGGUAACAGGGAACAUACCUUGGUAACUCAGGAAGCCAUGAGGGGUUAUAUCGUGUGCAAACAAAUGUUUGACAUACAUCGGCACAUGGCGAUGAGAUGGAAGGCAGUGGUUAUGAUUCAGACUGCCUGGCGGGACUUCCUGCGACGAAAGUCUGACCGGGAAAUGAAAGACGGGAGUAAAGUAGAAGCUGAGGACACUAAAAGUUGUGUACUUGAUGUUACCAGAAAUUCUGACUCUUCUCUGAUGGAAAUUUUCGAGAUGAACACGAGAGCUGUGGCAGACAAACAGACAGACGAGUCUAGGAUGUUAAACGCUGCGAUGAUAAUCCAGUCGUACUGGCGAGGGUUUCUAGCUCGUCAAGCUCUCAAACAAAUAAGGAACACGCAGACACCAGAUUCUUUGUCUUCUCAAAGAGCAAUGAGAGGCAUCUUACUUAGCAAACAGCUUUACGAUAAACGUGAAAAGCUUCAAAAACGCUGGAAGGCCGUUCUAACUAUUCAGGCUUGUGUUCGCGGGUUCUUGGCACGACAAUCUUUACAGGAAACAACUGUUACGGAACAGAGGGAGAAAUUUGAUGAGGUUAAACAAUCAGACUGCCGAACACUUCAACUACAUCCAUACCCCGCAUUCCGUUCAUAUCGAGCCCGCAUCAAUGCACGACAAUUACGUAAGAAGCGGAUACAGCUGAACAUCCAGUCUGCCAUUAUGAUACAGAAAUACUAUCGACGAUGGCGAUGUCGGACGGUCUACCAACAGCUACUGUUGUACAAGUCUCAGCGAGAUACACAAGUCCUCUUCUUCACCCAACAGGUGGAGAUGUACAAUAAAGACUUAUUACAGAACAUGAUGAAAAAUAUGGCACCACGAAAAAUGGAGCCAAAGAUGGAGGAUCAGACAAAACGUAAAAAGUCUCUAGCUCCCGGUCCACCAACCAACGCCACACCCCUUCCUGUCACUGUACCAGAGCCCCCGCCCCCUCCAGCACAGGUCACAAAGGAAGUUGACAAUAUCUAUGCAAAAGUUGUAAAACCAAAGAAGGCAGAAUCUCCCAAACCGAGGAAGCCGGAGGUCAGUGAGGAAAGGCUCCACCAGAUUUUCAAGAUGAAUGAAUUAAAAUCGGUGAUGCCGCCUAUCGAGACUAAAUAUUAUGACGAGCUGAACAAUUUUGUUCCUGAUCCUGACUACCCUGGGUCUGAGGAGGAGGUGCCAGUUACCGUAGUAAGAGCCGACGUACAUCCCCCUCCACCGUCAGUACCAGAACACUUAAUCCGUAAAAGUGAGACGAAAUCAGUAAUGAAGACAGAAAAUGAGUCCUAUUAUCAUGAUAUAACAGAAGAUAUAUUGGCCCCUCCCUCGGAGUCUGACUCCACCUAUCACGUGCCCUCGGACCAAAUCGUAGACUGGGACGUCCCUCUCCUUCAAGCUAAACAUAAUGCUCUUUCACUCAUUAAAGAAAACAAAACAAAUGGUGUUCACAAACCUACCGACGACUCCGAGGACAAAGACGAUUCCGACUCUGAGCGAACAAAAUUGGCGCGAUCCAUCGCCGAAGCUAUUUUGAACAAAGGGGACUCCUCUAUUCCUUUGACCAAUGGUCAUCAUUACAUCGAAGAAGAUCCUGCCCCCAUUCAUGAUGAACUCCAAUCAGAAUACAGUAAACAGGAUCUUGCAAAACGAUUGGAGGAUGAAUGUGCUGGAAGUGUGGUGUCACUAUGGCAACAACGUCAGCGUAAACCCAAUGAAAGCGGCACCAACGGGACCAACACACAACCCCCUCCCCCGCCUCUGCACCCUCCCCCCAGUAUACCUCGCAGCAGGAUGGCGGCCCCUGUGCUGACGAUUCCUCCCCCUCCUUCGUCUCCCCCUCCCCCUACGCCUCCCAGGAAGUCACCAUCCCCGGUGGUCCUUAAAACUACGCCUCCAAAAGUUGAUGUCAAUGGCAAUGAAAAUAUGAUGUCUCCACCAUCCGCUAGCAAAGUCAAAUUUGCACUAACGCCUUCAAUUAUACCACAGUCCAGUACCAAUGGUCAUGUCAACGUCACCAGCGACAACAAUGAUCCGACAUCUGAUUUCAGAAAGAGGCUCCGUAAAACUAACAUUGACCUAUCACAAGACAAUAUAUUCAAGGCUACCUCGGCUGAAUCUGAGCCAAAGCAUUUCGAUUUCCGUUCACGACUGAAGAAAACGGGAAGAAUUCCAGAGACCAAAUAAAAUUUGUGUAACUGUCCUUUUUAUGGAAUGCAAUAUUUUCGCCAUGAUCAGUUAUCUAGAUUGUUGUUAUACUUUACACAUGCCAAAGAGUAAGAGUAACGAAGGGUUCAAUGUGAUGAAACUUUAAAGUGUCCAGAAAAACAAAGUUCUAGUGUAAGUGUGCAGACUGAUCGAUCUUGUGGAGGCAAGCAACUGUUGAUUUUAAGAUAUGCAGUCAAUGUUUCUGUGAUAAAAUGUUGACGGAUCAUGUUAAACACCAUGGUGCUCUCGUAAGACUACAUUCUCGUAAGACUACAUUCUCGUAGGACUACAUUCUCGUAAGACUACAUUCUCGUAGGACUAAAUUCUCGUAGGACUAGCUACUUGUGGGGCUAAUUGGGACCAAAAAUGUUUUCUUCUUUACCGAGAUUGCACUGUUCAGUAGCCUUUAUAAGACUUGGGCUGAAAAAGUACUUUUUUGGCAAACAAUUUACACAGUUUUCUAGUUCUGUACCCAGAAUUCUUGUUAAUCAAGCUGCAUUUUUUUGAAACGGUGAUAUUUCAAAAAAAAAAAUCCCAAUAAUAAUAUAAGGUUUAAUAGGAAGCAUCUUCAGUAUUGUCGGCCAUUAAUUCUCAACUGAACGUUUUCACCCUUAUGCAACUUUAGUGGACUAGCUCUCCCAUGCAUUGAUCUGAAUGAGUCCAUGAUGGUCUACAGUGGUGAAAGGGUUAAAAAGUGUUUUCUAUAGUUGGUUGUAGACCUCUCUUACUUCUAAGGUUUGUUAUAUAACGUGUCAACAUAUGAAGAAAGAUUAACUUUGGUGAGAGCUGUGGUAGUAACAGGAUUUCUGUGCCUAGUUUUAUAGCCAAAAACAGGCUGCUUUCCCGGGCUAAAAAGGGCUCUAACUCCCCAAAAUGAAGAAAAAAUCAGGAAUAUCUGCCAAAUUCCAAUAAAAAAUUGAUGCUUUAUUUUCCUAAUUCAUGUAGGAACAAGCUGUUUUAAAAUCACUGACCGAAUUAAUGACAGAGGCAGAAUUUGUGGUGUUAUGGGUAUUUAUCCUACUUUUGAGAAUUUGUGGUUUUAUGGGUAUUUAUCCUACUUUUGAUAAACGUGUUAUUGUAUGAUUGGUGCAAAUAAAAAGUCACACUCGUUUUCAUUCCAUUUAACUUUUGUGUAACUUAUUACAGUGAAAUCUUGUAUGAGAUCACCAUUUUAACACUGCCAGGGAAUCAACUAACCACUUCUCAUCUUAAUGUUCUUGUGUAUCUGUAGUCGUUGAGAGCAUCAGGGGAGAUAAUCCAACAUUUGUUGUUGUUCUGUGAGAUUAUAACAAUGCUAUUUAUUUUGACUCUGUUGUUAUAUAUAUUAUAUUUAACAAAUAUUAUGACGUUAUGUACAAACAUUUUAUGUAUAUUUAUUUUCUCAAGUUGAGAUUAAGAAUAUUAUGUAUGUAUAAGAUUUUCAAUUACGAGGUAAUCUCUCUUGUUCAAUAUCUUGUGAAGAUAGAUCUAUAUCAUACAACUUGAUGAUGUGAUUAUGUACAUAUUUUCUAUGGUAUCUGGAUGUGAAAUGUGUCGUACAGAAUUAUUACUGUUGUACUUGCUCAAUCUUACUCCGUUAAAUGUAUUUAUUUUUGAAAUUAUACUACCAAUGUAAUUAAAAUUGAAUAAUUAUACAUUCCAAUGACACUGUGAUGUUCACUACAUAUGAUACAUAUCUAUUUAUUCCAAUCACGGCUUCAAAGUACGUUCUUGUCAUGUGUCUGUCCAUUGUCCGAAGUAUCUGUCCUUUCAUAAAUACUGUAUAGAUAUACCUGUUUUUAUUUUUUUACGUUUUAUUUUAUUGUUUCGAUUGAAUUCUGUGAUGAUGAUCUCAGAGUAUUGAUUUUAUACACAAAUAAAUACUACAUUACUCCUUAUCCAGGGGAAUGUGUCCCGUAUAAUCUGUAUCUAAAUUAACGCAGCCGUUUUCAUCAUACAAUCUACAUUGAUAGUGAUGGCCUGUUCUACUCAACAGAUAUUUAAGUCUUGAUUCAAAUCUAUGGUUUUGUUCUCAAAUAAAUUCACAGGUUAUCAAUUCUUUGAACACCUGUAACAGAGGUAAUAUUUUUGCCAUACAUCUGCUAGGAGUCGAACCCGGGAUCAUUGGUUUACUAGUCUUACGCUCUACCAAAUAAGCUAAAGAGAAACUCUCCCUAGCCUAGUCGGUAGGAAGUGUCUGAUAUUUUACCAGGAUGACUUACUCCCUAGACAAGUUCUCCCUAGUAGAGUCGGUAGGAAGUGUCUGGUAUUUUACCAGGAUGACUUACUCCCUAGACAAAUUCUCCCUAGCAGAGUCGGUAGAAAUCACAUGUAAUUAACCCGACUCUAUCAGAAGAGGAACCACAUUCGCAGGGUUGGCAAUUCAAAAUAUUUUUUCGAGCUACUGAUAUGAAACCACUCUGCAGCUUCUUUCUCCCACAGUUUUGGGAAUGGUGCAUGUGGCUUAAUUUGCAAUUAGGAAAGUAUGUCUCGGUAAUCCGUAUUCAAAAUUUUCAGUAUUCAGAAAGUGGUUUAAAACAAUAAGAAAAAAAUCAUCAAUGACAAAUGUAAGGUCAUAGUUUGUAUUGAUCCCAGAAUAAAGUAUUGCUUCUGUUGAUUUAUUUCGAGACAUUUCAAAAUGUUGACAAUGUUUAUUUUUAUACCCUUUAUACUCGGUGUUGUGAUGUUUCCCCUUUUCAAUCUGCCCUGAAUGAUGCACUGGUUUAUGUUGACUUUAUAAACUCAAGGGAGGUAACUCAAGUACGACUCAAUUUCCAAUUGAUAGAGAAAUUUCAUUUAUGCAAAUAAGUCAUAAUUGCCAACUCUCCCUAUUUACGAAGGCGGCUCCUUAAACUUAACAUCUUUAUCCAGUGAAAUUGCUAAAGUAUUCAAAUAUUCUAAGAUCUUAACGAUUUCAUCUGACAGAUAACACAAACGACAGUAACUGUAUGUAAUUUUAAAAGAUAAGUUUAAUUGUCUCUAGGGGGUGUAAACACACAUUUUAUAUAUGUUUUUAUUUUUUAGUUUGAGCACACAAAAUCUCCCCCAUGUAAAUUUCGAAAGGUUGGCAAGUAUGAUAAGUACUAAAUGUGUUUUGCUUCUGAACAAUGGUGUAUUGUUUGUUUUCUUGCAUCGAGAGCUAUAGCAGUUGAGUUACAGCUUUAAGAUAGAGGAGGGACUAUUCUGGACAACAAGCCAAACAGAGAUUUGUUUUAUGUAAACAAUCCAAAGAUGAUCAAAGAAUAUCUCUGAAAACUUGUACUGAAAGGGUUAGCCAUGCAAUCUGCAUGGAGUGUGAGCGGGCUAAACCUUACAUUGGACCAGUCCCACUCAAGAUACUUGUUGUAUUCAAAUACUAAGAUGAAGGCACCGUAGUCUAGUGGUAGUACACUGGGCUCAAUUUAGUAGCACGUAUAUCCGAAUUUGUUUUAGUAACAGAGUCUCAGUUUAGUAAAACAGAGUUCAAAAUUCAAAUAGGUAACACAGAGUUCAAAAUUCAGUUUAGUAUCACAGUCUCAAUUUAGUAACAUAGAGUUCAAAAAUCAGUUAAGUUCAAAUUUAGUUUAGUAACAGCAGCUUCCAGUUCUUAUCAGGUUCAACAAAUAUACAGCAUGUUCGUAAUUGUGACUUUGUUUUAAAGUUAUACAAGUAUUUGUUACUUUGUUGUGAACAUUUUUUACACGUUAUAAAGCGAGAUUAUCAUAAUGCGUAGAUUUACAGGGAAACGUGUCGCAGAGAAAGUGAUUGUCAAUGACCAGGCCAAAUCAUUUUAUUCUUGUUCGAGUAAUUUUUGUGAAUUUCUUUUCAUGGUUGUCGGGGAUUUAACUUUUAAAAUUAACUCAACGUGAUUAAUGCAAUUUUGCUUUUGUAAAAACACAGCAAUUUUUACAAGCAAUAAUGUUUUGAGGGAAUGAUCAUAAACAAUGAACACAAAUAUACCAAAUAACUUUUAUCAACAGCAUAUAAAAAAAUAGUCCGUUUUUUAUUGGGAAUUGUAGAUUUUAGUGCAGAAAUUAAUUCCUGUACUCAGCUUUAUAUACUAUUUAGUAUGUUAAUAUCUUUUGUUGUCUAUACAUACUAUUUAGUAUGUUAAUAUCUUUUGUUGUAUAUAUAUACUAUUUAGUAUGUAAAUAAAGAUUUUGUGGAGUAAUCACAUGACACAGUAUACAUACAGCUUUAAUGUACAUGCAAAACGGAAUAUGGGAUUGAUAACAAAAUUGUGAUAUGGUAGUUAGUGGCUUUACCAGAUGUAUGUUGUUUACAUUGUGUGUGUCGUUAUAUUGGGCUAUGUGUGAUACCUUAAAGUGUAAACAAAGUCAAAUUUUCAAAUCGUCCUGUAUCCUUACAAGUUUAUGUGUGUGUAUUAUUUGUACAAAUCGUCCUGUAUCCUUACAAGUUUAUGUGUGUGUAUUAUUUGUACAAAUCGUCCUGUAUCCUUACAAGUUUAUGUGUGUGUAUUAUUUGUACAAAUCGUCCUGUAUCCUUACAAGUUUAUGUGUGUGUAUUAUUUGUACAAAUCGUCCUGUAUCCUUACAAGUUUAUGUGUGUGUAUUAUUUGUACAAAUCGUCCUGUAUCCUUACAAGUUUAUGUGUGUGUAUUAUUUGUACAAAUCGUCCUGUAUCCUUACAAGUUUAUGUGUGUGUAUUAUUUGUACAAAUCGUCCUGUAUCCUUACAAGUUUAUGUGUGUGUAUUAUUUGUACAAAUCGUCCUGUAUCCUUACAAGUUUAUGUGUGUGUAUUAUUUGUACAAAGUUGUGGAAACGUAAUGAUUUAUAUAUAUUUUGUCUACACAACUUAUCUGUAUCCGUUCCCAUACACAUGUACACAGACCUAUAUUGUCCGUUACAAAACUAUUUAUAUAUGUAUACAUAUCUUCUAAUGUAUAGCCCGUACAAUAUAUACAUCUCUAUACACCUGUAUUGUUUGUGUGGAUUGUUUACUGUUGACACAUCAGUAUAUAUGUGUGUUGUCUAUAAACAAGUAUCGGCUAUAAUCGUUAUAUAUUUAUACAGUGUGUCGAACAAUUUUUGUCACAGUUUUCACACUUUUUCACCCUGGAUUAUAAGGGAGGGGAGAAUUGAUCAUGACGGCAAAAACUCAUAAACAAUAUAAUAUACGUAAUUUUUAAAUGUAAAGGGCAAGGAAAACAUUGAGGAAAGGAUUAUAGAUAGUUUGGGCCUUUUUUGGACCCCAAAUCCAUCGAAAUCAAAAUUCUUCAAUAGAACUUUCAAUAGACUUUCUUUAUAAUUUUGAAUACUUCCCAGGUACUAUUAUGUAAACAUUUAUUUGUGUUUUUAAUUAUGGAUGCCAUGGUAACCAAUUAAUAUAUUUGCAUAAAUUAAUAAAUUUGAAUAUUCAGUCAAUUUUGACAGGUUUUCACAUAUAGUUUUUCUCUCAGCUAUCAUAAAGCACACUCUUGAACAAACUCUAUUAUAUUUCUCCUAAAGAUGUAUUACAGUUGUAUACGCAUUAUCAUUUGAUGCUAAGUUUGUUCAAGCAUGCGCUCUAUAGUUCCAGGAGAAAAUUAACUAUGCAAAAUAUGACAAUAUUCACUGAAUUUUCAAAUUUUUCUAAUUCAUGAAAAUUUGAAGUUGUCACCAUGGCAACAAUAUUUAGAAAUACAACUAAACGUUUCCAUUAUGGUAUUUGGGAAGUAUUCAAAAUUACAGAAACAGUCGUUUGAAAGUUCAUUUAAAGGUUUUGAAUUGUGAUGCAUUUGGGGGCUAAAACACACCCAAACCAUACAUAGUCCUUUGCAUUUCAUUGAUAAAAUGGGAAAGUGUGAUAGGGCGAAAGUUUGCCUGUGUACAGUAGUGUAAGUACACAGGUGAUGACAAUAACUAUUAUAGACGUGUAUAUAGUUUAUUGUUGAAACGUAACUCUAUAUUUAUACACAAAAACUUGUAUAUGGUGUGCAUUCUCACUAAACUCAUGACAUGAAUUUAUGCAAGAUAUAAAGUUGAUGAGAUACAUCGUUGUACAACCCGUUUGUAUUGGAGUAUGUAUUUUUUAGCAGAUUGACGAGAGGAUAAUAAAAAUGACAUAUAACAAAACAAAA